UUCUGUGACGGGCUUAUUUCACUCAGCAUAAGACUCUCCAGGGACCCAGCAUUUUCUUUUUGUACCGGGACCCACAACUUUAGUAGCUGGUCCAGACACCUGCUUAUUAGUUUCUAUUGGAUUGAUGUGAACUAAACUAUGGCAGCUGGGAGGCGAUAGAAAGAAAUGGGCAGGGGGUUGAGUGUAUUUGGAUGUCUCCGCAGCAACCAAGGACACACUUUGUAAACCGUUUGUAUGCAAGUGGAUGUUUUGUGUUCCUUACUGAAAAUUGCUCAUGGUUGCAAUUCUCCUCUUUACCCAGGGACUCCUGCUCCACCGAAGCCCAAACCUUACCCAAACCCCAACCAGCCUGGAUCGUCUGGUGGAUUUUCAGAUUCUGAUCUCCUUGAUGGGACAGCUGGUGGAGGUGGCGGUGCUGGUGGCAGAGACAGUCCUGGCGGUGGUGGAGGAAGCCAGAGGAAUGACGAUGAUGGACAGACCGAGCCCCAGGGUGUGAUCCCUGGCAUCAUCGGGGCCGUUGUGGUCGCUGUGGCUGGAGCGAUUUCCAGUUUUAUCGCCUACCAGAAAAAAAAGUUGUGCUUCAAAGGGGAUGCUGAGCAAGGCGACAUCAACAUGGAGAACCAUCGAAGCACCAACGCAGAGCCACAAGUUCAAAAGACUCUUCUCACGAAAUAGAAUAUUGACAGCGUAAAAGCCCCAAAUGGCCCAACGUUCACAGCGGGAUUGCAAGCGUCGCCUGCUGCACCUCCAAAGAGUGCCUGCAGGAGGGCAGGGCCUGCCGUGCCCAGACUAGCCCGGCCAG